AUGUUCCCUUUUGUACUUCUCUUUAUCGUUCAUUUCUGUCGAUCGAAUCCUCGUUCUGAAGAUGUGAGACGAAUCGAAGAGAAAUUGACAACUGAUAGAGAAUUCUACGAUCAAUGGAUGCAACUCAUCUCACUGCAGGCCGAUCAGCUCGAAGAGCAGACACUCGACUAUCCGCUUGCAGUGACAGCUCUCGGUUCCUGUACACGUAUUCCGCCGUCUGAGACGGAAGACACGUCCGACACACUUCGGCCGACGUCCAUUUCGAUUUAUGCAGAUAUCGGGCAUUUGGCCACCUACUGCAAAUCGAACUACUCAGAGCUUCAAGCUGGAAUUUUGGAUUCAUGUGAUCAUCGGUCCUCCACGACAGAUCUACCAUCGUUGGAUAAGAUGUUCAAAGUGUUCAAUCCGGACUUGAUCAUAGUAGAAAGUAAUGAACGCGAUGACAGCUUGAGAGAACAGGCCAGAACGAUCGCUGAAUCCAUACAGCAGUUCAAGGGCUACGAAAAUAUAUGGAAGUUCAUCCUAAUAGCAGCAACAAUUCAGGAUGGUGAGGCUUCUGAAUCACGACAAACGGCCGUUGAAGUGCUAGAAGCAGUUGAGGAACUCCAUCGACAACUCCCUGUCAGGACGUUUAUUACCAUUAUACGAACAUCAGGGAAUGGUAUCUGGUCCGAUGCUACGCACUCACAUGUCGCUUGUCGUGAAUUGCUUUCCAUGUGGAAAACACACAGCAAAUAUAAUUCCAUGUCUGUAUGGGAUCAGAUGGAAGCAAUCAUACAUAAAAACUUCCGACGUUCUGAUUUCACUGUGGAAGUGCUGCCAUUGCUACGGGAUUCGGCUUUGACCAACCUACCAGAGCAGAUGGAUCUGAGUAUUCUUGGCUACGAUUGUGCUCAUUUUUCGGAAAGGGGCCUCUCACUUUUACAUAUCGCCAUUUGGAAUUCGUUAUUCACGAAGAGCGGUGAUCGGUUACGAGAUUACCGCCCUAUAGCACCUCCCUUAAUGUGCCCUGAUUUUCGGUGCCCCUACCUCCGAACAGCCACUAACAGCGGAUUCUGCAUAUGGAAAGCGCCACUGGUGGCCGAGGAGACGUCCAUAUAUCCGAAGUUGAUCACCGCAUGUGUGCUGGUAUUCUGUUUGCUGUUAGCAGUUGCGGUAUUGUUCUUCGUGUGUCGUAAGCCUCGUCGAACCAUUGACAUCAAAAAACCGGCGCAUCCCUUCGGUGCCAGCCUCAGUUCCAUCAAAUUCAUCGAUGAAGACACAUGA